CCCAGGCAGAUAGAUACCCGUGAGAAAAACUAGGCUAGCCCUUGCAUGCGCGAGGACCCCACCACCCUGCUGCUCUCACCGGCCCUUCACCUCCAUCUCCACCUUACCAGACAAUCACGGAACUCAGAGCUCAUUCGCUUUUCUCAUUGCUCAUUCUUUUCUGUUUGUGAAGUACUGAUCUAAGCUUUUUUGGCUGGUGAUACCUGAAGUCGACGGCGGCAUUUAUUACCCUCGCUACCUCGAUGGCUUCGAACACAAGGCUCGAUAUUGAUGUACCUCUAACUCCCAGUAUAGAGAUUGAGAUUCAGAGCUUAGUCGACAGUUUAGUCGAUGACAGAAUGCCGGAACUGGGUCAAGGGUCGUCAACCGCUUCCAGUUACGAGAGUGUGUUGAGCCCGUCGGAUGUUGGAGUCAGUCCGAUUAUCGGUGAUAUCUUCCCUCUGAAGACCCCGAAUACGGCUUAUUUUGAACUUCCUGAGAGUCCUGCGGACCACAGGUUCCCGGUCAUCCUGGCGAACAUCGCUCGUUCAGCUCCUACAACUCCUCGACGCACAAUGAUACGCCCAGAAUUAAGUGUUCUGACUGCACCGAGGAAUCCCCAGCGCCCUUUGCUGCGUCGCAUUGUUAGCCCGACGAUGGCGGCGAGCGUUGACACGGAUGAAAUCAUUCCUUUCGAACCGCGCAGGCUGAACAACCCUGCGUGUGCGAGCAGCUCUGGAAGUCCUUUGACACAGCCUGCACCAUUGCCAAGCUUUGUGUCCGAGGGUCUGAGGGAACCACAUGAGACGUCGUUGGAAUCACUUCUGAGGUUUGAAUGGAUGAAGCCCCUCCCGCCUUCGAGCAAAUACUCCACUCCAGAUUCGUCUCCGAGAUCAACACGCUCCAUCCACAUACCAAUGCACGGACCACCAAAUAUCCCUCCCGUUCGCCCACCCCAUUUUGCGUGCCUUGCCCCGGUCAAGGCAAUGCCGCCUCACGGAAGUUACGAAUCUGUCAGCGCUGAGCUCAGUGAAAUGAGGAACAUGCGUGAGAUGGUGUAUGCUGCUCAGACGACGUUGGAGGACGUUACGGUCAAGCACAAAAUGUGUGGUCCUUGUCUUACUGCGUUCAGGCGGGUUGAAGGUGAGGCUUUGGGCUGUUCGUGUUGCGGAAAGAAAACCCUAUCUCGACUGGUGGACGUCAGUACGAGGGUCGUCCCGGAGAGCAAGCAGAUUCAGGUGAUGCCCCGCCUCGGUAUCAACAAGCCUGCUUUUGCAGCGGCCUCACCUCCGGUUUCUCCCAUGAAGCCGGUAAGGCCCAGUCUUGGGCUUCGCCAUUUCUCGAGUGACCCUGAGAUCAAGAGAUUAUGGUCCGGAGAAGCCCAUCAAAGCGGGUUCGACCAAGGGAAGGAGGACUGGGGCAGGCAAGACUUCCAGAAGGCAUCAUUCAGGGCGCUGCCCAGUCUUCCUCAUCUCACGAUUCCAUCUACGCAGACAAAGCCUGCUUCCGGAGAGGACAGUCUUUUUAGCCCGGUGCCGGCUCGCCCUCCCAAAGCGAGUCUUUUCCCGGAACGAAGGUCAUCUUUAUCACUGAGCGUUACAUUUACUCCUUCUCCACCGCCAGCUGUCUAUCCCGGAGAUGUACCAACCAUCGCCUCGGUAACAACGACCAAGGACAGAUAUGGCCUUUUCAUGCCGCUCGUCAACGCUGCUCAUCCGCCGAACUGGGCCGUUGUCAAGAUGAGUAUCCUUAGGAGCCGUUGCGGGUGCUCCUGGACACUGCAUCACACCCGCUGACGUCCAUGCUUGGCUCGGAACCCAGGCUCACACAUCUAUUAUUCCUUAUACGCACUAUGGCACUCCCAUUCACAUCCUCCGCCACCCUCAUGCUCUU